CCGGCGUGGACCGCGGGCGACGGUUUGUAAACUCGGGGAGCUAACUUGUUAACUUGCGGGGAGCUUCGGAACCCUGGGCCGGCCUAAGAUGGGAAUUAACGUUACAUGGCCCUGCUCAUCCCACAGACUCCACAUUCAGCAGAACCACUUAUGGACCCUGCACUGGGCCCUGUGACCUUUGAGGACAUGGCUCUGUACUUUUCCCAUGAGGAAUGGAGGCUUCUUGGUGAGGCCCAGAGACUCCUGUACCAUGAUGUGAUGCUGGAGACCUUUGCACUUGUUGCAUCAUUGGGUUGUUGGCAUGGAGUAGAGGUCAAGGAGACACCUUCUGAGCAAAAUGAUUCUGUAGAAGUGCCACAAAUAAAUACUUCAAAGACAAACCUGUCCACCCAGAAGGGCUGUCCCUGGGAGAUAUGUAGUCUGGAAUUAGAAGGUGCUGUGCAUUUAGCUGAGGACCUGGGAACAAACCCUGGCCAGAAAUUUUGUGGGGCAAGUGUGAAAUUUCACCAGCACAGUAGAGAGAAACUCUUUAGAAGAGACAUGGAUAAGGAGUUUAUGAAGAGCUGCACAGUCCAUGCAACCAAGAAGUCUUUCUCAUUCCAGGAGCCUGGGAAGGAUUUCCCUGGUAGCUCGGGCCUUCUCCAGCACCAGGUCACUGCACAAAAGGACACCAAGUGUGUGGAGGCCUUUCACAAUGGACAAAGGCACUAUAAGUUCAGUGAAUGUGGGAAAGUCUUCAGCCACAAACACUCACUUGCUCAGCAUUAGAGUUUCCACACUGGAAAGAGGCCUUAUGAGUGCAGUGAAUGUGGGAAAACCCUCAACUGCAAAAACUCACUUGUUCAGCACCAGAGAGUCCACACUGGAGAAUGGCCUUAUGAAUGCAGUGAAUGUGGGAAAAUCUUCAGUUAUAAACACAAACUUGUUCAGCACUGGAGACUCCACACUGGAGAAAGGCCAUGAGUGCAAUGGAUGUGGGAAAGCUUUUAGCUACAAACUCACACUUGUUCAGCACCAGCGAAUUCACACUGGAGAAAGGCCUUAUGAGUGCAGUGUAUGUAGGAAAUUCUUUACUCAAAACUCCAGCCUUAUUGUGCACCAAAGAAUUCACACUGCCUCACAGCCUUAUAAAUGCAGUAUAUGUGGAAAAUUCUUUACCUCCAACUACAACCUUAUUGCACACCAGCGAGUUCACAGGGGCACAAGGCCUUAUGAGUGCAGUGAAUGUGGGAAACCUUUCAGCAACAAACCCACACUUGUUCAGCAUCAGCGAAUUCACACUGGAGAAGGGCCUUAUGAGUGCAGUGAAUGUAGCAAGUUGUUUAGCCAGAGCUCCAACCUAUUGUGCACCAGCGAAUUCAUACUGUAGCAAAGCCUUUUGAGUGCAGUGAAUGUGGGAAACGUUUUAGCCAAAGCUCUACUCUCAUUAAGCACCAGAGUUCACACUAGAGAAAAACCACAUGAGUGCACUAAAUGUGGAGAAUUCUUUAGCCAAAGCACCCAGCUUACUCAACACCAAAAUGUUCACACCACAGAAAGGCCUCACAAGUGCAGCAAAUGUGGAAAAGUUUUCUGUCAAAGGUCUGUUCUGACUGAGAACCAGAAACUUCAUAGCCAAGAUAGGCCCUAUGAGUACAGCAAAUGUAGGAAAGUUUUCAGUCAAAAGUCUAACCUCAUUUGUCACCAGAAAGUUCAUGGUGGAGAAAAGGCCUUCAAAUGAGAUGAGAGCAGCUAAUGAGCUGUCUCCUUAGUUAAUACAUCAUACUGAAUAGGCUCUGUGAGGGAGUCAUCAACUGGAAGUUGAAUGCCAUACAUCUGAACAGCCCUUGUGUGCAGAUUGCCUAUGAGUACCAGGUUCAUAGGAAGCUUUUCAGGAGCUAUGCUGUACUUCCUAACCUGCCCACGGCCCUUUCCAGACUUAAUGUCACUGUGAGUUUCUUACCUCUUCCAAGUGGCAGAGCCCCAUACUGGGCAUCAGUCACCUUACUGUGGUCAGGGUAGGUAGACUUUUGUGCUCUCCUGUCCCCUGGAGUGAAGCAUGAAUAGCCUGAGCACUUGGGUUUUGUCAUUCUCUUCCAUCAACUGGCUAAGACAGGACCUAACCAGCUUUGACCAUGGGGAUCCAGUCUGGGUUCUGCUGGUGGCUCACAGAGGUUUACCUUCUUUGGUGGCAUUGUCUCAUGUCAUGCUCACAAUGGAUUUUUCUAGCUCCAGGUCACCCUUUUUGGAAACUCAGUUUGCUCUGCUCUGUGCCAUAAUAAAGACUAUUA